CCAUCGCUCUCUCCGUCGCUCUCUCUCUCCGUCACUCUCUCUCUCCGUCGCUCUCUCUUUGCGCCUCUCUCCGUCGCUCUCUCUCUGCGCCUCUCUCUCCGUCGCUCUCUCUCUGCGCCUCUCGACUUCGACUCGACCAGGCGACCUCACUCAGACAACCUCACCACCCUCAGACAACUCCUCACCUCAGAAUUCGGGACAUCAGGUGCCACAAGUGAAGAUCUCGAGCUAAAGUUGCCACCAUUGUGAAGAUCAAUCCUUGUGUAUAAGCUGCUCCUUUAGUAUAACUUGGAAUUUAAGUUUUUGUGCGUGCGAUUCUCUGUAUGAACUUGUUUUCUACCAGUGGAUGGAGAUCCCUAGAGUUUUUGUGCGUGUGAUUCUCUGUAUGAAAUUUUCAGAGUUCAUUUGUCUUUGACGUCUGUAUGGUUUGUUCAUGCUUGACUGUGAUAUUGUGACUAGUCAAGUUCAUGUCUGUUAUUAAGUGGCUUGAGUCUGACCAUGUUGAAGUUAAGUUAAUGGCAACAAAGAUGUCAAUCAAGUUUGAAAAGUAUUGGCAUAAAAUUCAUGGUGCUAUGGCAAUUGCAGCUAUUCUGGAUCCAAGGUUCAAGAUGAAAUUGAUCGAGUAUUAUUUUCCUCUUAUUUAUAAAGAGAAUGCUCCAUCAGAAAUUGAGAAAGUCUUUGACUUGGCUGUUAAGUUGGUCAAAGAGUAUGAAUUGAAGCAUAGACCUGGUCAUCGGUCUUCUGAAUCUUCUUCUUCGACUGAUUUUCCAUCACAGUCAUUUGAUUUCAGAGUUGGUGAUCCUUUACCAUCUUAUGACCAGUUUGUUAUGGAUUCUACCAUCGGUAAUGAACAAUCUGACUUAGACCUAUAUUUGGGGGAGAAAGUCUUGCCUAGGACUCAAGAUUUUGAUAUAUUGUCGUGGUGGAAGACAAAUGGGAUUAAAUAUCCUAUUUUGCAUAAGAUAGCUCGAGAUAUUUGGGCUAUUCCUGUAUUAUUAGUCCACACCGUAGCCGACUUCAUUCAAGCACAGUGGAAGCACUCAUGUGUUCUCGAGACUGGUUGUGAUUCAAACUCUACUCGUGUUGAAGAUUCUUCAUUCGGUGAUGAUACUGAUGUGAAUGUGGCCUCUUUUGGUGACAACGAGUCGAUGAUACUUUGUGAUUGAACGUGUUCGAAACACAGAUUUCAAUUAGAUGAAAUUAUAUGAAAUAAUAGAGGGUUAACUCAGUUUUGUGAUGAAUUAGAUGAAAUUUGGUUGGUUUCGUAUGGUUGUUUUUUGUUAUCAGAAACACAGAUUUAUGAGCUGUUGCUAAAAGGUUUGUUGCUUUAAAAAUCAUUCGGGAAUUCAGAAAUAAAAAAGCUCUACUUUUACUCUU